AUGUACCUUGUGGUGAUCGACUCCUUCUCCAAGUGGCCAGAAGUGAUUAACUUUAAACAAGACACUAGAGCGUGCAAAGUAGUGCAAGUAUUUGAAAUGCUGUUCGCGAGACACGGGCUGUGCGAGCACCUAGUCACCGAUAACGGCAAACAGCUGGCGAGCGCCGAAUUCAAUGAAUUUUUAAAAAGAAACGGCGUACGCCACAGCUACUCGCCAACGUACUUCCCGGCGACAAACGGCGCCGCCGAAAACUUCGUCGGCACGUUUAAGGAUAAAGUAAAAAAAAUCAUGAAAGGGGGGAAAACGGUAGACACAGCGGCCUACCAGUUCCUAUUCGACUACCGCAGCGCUCCCCAUUGUACUACAGGGAAAUCCCCAGCACAACUGUUAUACGGACGCGAAAUGCGAACACGGUUUGACUUGCUACGACCCAGCACACGCACUAAAGUCGAAAUUAAACAAGAAGCACAAACGACGGCUAAACCUCACUCGCGUAAACUCGACUUACAAGAGGACGACCCGGUGAUGAUCGAUAAUCAUGGGAAAUCGGGCGGAAAGCGAGUAAAAGGAAAAAUCGCGAAACGGUUAUCACCAUCUACAUAUCGAGUGCAGACUGAGGAGGGCCGU